CCAUAUUCCCCAUAUUUUCCACCCCUCAUCAGAAUUGAUGUGGGUUUUUCGACUCCAUUCCUUGAGUGCAUCAUGAUAUCUCAAUCGUCCCGAUCAGACCCAAAUAUGGCGCAGGAGACAAAGAGUGGUAUUGCCACGGAUAGUUACGUGGACAACCAACCAUCUGGAGCAGCAGGUGAAGUCGUACAAGCGAGAUACGGUCAUGACGGAUUGAAGCGAAGUCUUAGCUCGCGUCAUAUCCAGAUGAUAGCGAUUGGAUCGAAUAUUGGUACGGGUCUCUACAUUGGAACCGGGUCUGCAUUGAAGGCUGGAGGUCCAGCUGCACUGGUCAUCGCUUUUCUGACCAUCAUCUUCGCUCAAUAUUUUAUGAUGACUUCUUUGACGGAAAUGGGCAUCCACUACCCUGUCACCGGAUCUUUCGUAUCAUAUUCCUCUCGCUUUAUUGAUCCCGUAAGACUUCCCUCUACUCCCUAUAAAGUUAUAUAUCGGGGUGGAACUAACAUCCCCGAGGCUCUCGGCUUCGCGGUAGGCUGGCAAUAUUGGGGUUGUUGGAUUGCCGUGUUCGCAGUCGAAGCCACCGCCUUCAACGUCAUUCUUUCCUACUGGGGCGACUGUAUUCCUAUCGCCGGUGCCAUAGCGCUCUUCUGCGCGCUAACUUGUCUUAUCAACUUUCUACCGGUGCGAGUCUUUGGCGAGGCAGAGUUCUAUACAUCUAGCAUCAAAAUCAUCUCUGUCAUUGGAUUCAUCAUAGUUGGCCUAGUUCUGAUCGGGGGCGGAGGUCCAACUGGGGAGAAGUUUGACGGAAGCUACUGGAAAGAUCCGGGACCUUUUGCGCAAGGGUUUCAUGGGAUGGCGGCGGUUUUUGUUACUGCUGCUUUUGCGACGGGAGGAACAGAGAUCGUGGGCGUGAUUUCAGGCGAGAGUGCAAGCCCUCGCCACAACAUGCCUCGAGCCACACGAACUGUUUGGUUCCGCAUCUUCGUGUUCUACGUCGUCACCGUAGUGAUCAUCACUAUUCUCGUCCCAUUCACCGACCCUAAGCUUCUUGGUGGUUCGGACGUCAACUCAUCGCCCCUUGUUGUCGCGGUAAAGCAUGCGGGUAUUGGCGUGCUUCCCGACAUCCUCAACGCAAUCAUUCUCGUAUGUGUAAUGUCGGUCGGCACCACAUCGCUUUAUGCUUCGGCGCGCAUGCUGCUCUACCUCUCCACGCAGAACAUGGCACCGCAUAUCUUUGGGCGAACCGAUAGCCAAGGACGACCUUUACCUGCAUUGAUUCUUACAUCCACCAUCGGCACCGGACUGAGCUUUUUGAACGUAUCGAACACUGGUGCAGUUGUCUUUGGCUGGUUCUCCAGCUUGUCAGGUACUGCGUUCUUCAUCUUCUCUCUAACAAUUUUCACUUGUAAUUGGAGAUGGCGCGCCGCCCAAGAGGCGCAAGGUAUCAACAUUCUCACUGGCGAGCCGUUUCCCUACGUCCAAUGGGGUUAUCCAUAUGCACCAAUCACUGGCUUUAUUCUCGUCUUCUUCAUGCUCGUUUGCAACGGAUACACGUCUAUCUGGCCUCUCGAGGGAUCGCCCAAUGCGACCCACUUCUUUGCUAGGUAUCUUGGGGUGCCUGUGUGCAUUUUUAUGUGGGCGGGCUGGAAGAUCUGGCAUCGGACAUGGUGGUUAUAUAUCAAACCUGGGAAUGUGGAUUUGCAGUUCGAAAGGCGGAUGUUGAGAGAUCAUCCCGAAGAAAUGGAAAUACUCGAAGAGCAUGCGGCGAAGACUAGAUGGCAGAAAGCAUUGUCGUACGUAAAUUUGUGA